AUGAAUUUAGCAACAACAAACAAUACAGAAUUACAGCUACACAACCAGAACGAAGAUAAGGGACCACCUUCAAGACCAGACACAUUGACUGAUCUAUCGCCAAUUGCAAUGGUUGAUAGUGAUAAAAUUGAAGUUGGCGCCGGCGACGAUUAUCUUGAGCUCGGGCAAAGGCCGGCCGGCAGCGCCGGGAUGACACCGGAAGAUCGUGAUCCUUUUGGAAACGAAGGGGGAAAUGACAUAAAGUUCAAGACGAUGACUUGGUGGUAA